UUUGUUAUUUGACGUUUAAAUUCGUAUUUUUGCCAAUCAAUUUUGUUGAUUCUCUCGUUUUUACGCACGAUAAUCCUGGUAGAAUCCGAUUGUUCGCACGUUUCGUAGUUUUUUCCGUUUCACAAUUUUGCCGUACAGAGAAAUGUGUUUGACAUAACACUCAAAAUGGCGAUUCCAAAAAUACUCCAGUAGUAUCCGAGAGCACUCAAAAUGCAGACAAUAAAAUGUGUUGUGGUGGGAGACGGAGCAGUUGGUAAAACUUGUUUAUUAAUCUCCUAUACUACAAAUAAAUUUCCAUCAGAAUAUGUUCCAACAGUAUUCGACAACUAUGCGGUCACUGUCAUGAUUGGCGGUGAGCCUUACACAUUAGGAUUAUUCGAUACAGCUGGACAGGAGGACUACGACCGUCUGCGUCCGUUGAGUUAUCCACAAACCGAUGUAUUUCUCGUAUGUUUUUCAGUUGUGUCACCUUCGUCAUUUGAAAAUGUUAAAGAAAAGUGGGUGCCGGAGAUAACACAUCACUGUCAAAAAACUCCGUUUCUGUUGGUUGGCACUCAAAUUGAUUUGCGAGAUGAUGCAGCGACACUUGAAAAGCUGGCAAAAAAUAAACAAAAGGCAAUUUCCAGUGAACAAGGAGAGAAGCUUGCAAAAGAAUUAAAAGCGGUGAAAUAUGUCGAAUGUAGCGCUCUUACACAGAAAGGACUUAAAAAUGUCUUCGAUGAGGCAAUCUUGGCUGCUUUAGAGCCUCCAGAACCCGUUAGGAGAAGAAGAUGUGUCAUUUUGUAGGUGCUUGUGUGAGACGUUUUAUAAAACUAUUAGAGUUCUACAAUGACGAAGACUGUAAGUUAUCCUACAUGUGUUGCAUGCAAAAAAAAAAAAAACAAUGACGGUUGUUGAAUUGUGCGAUACAUAAUAGAUAUUUUUUACUAUUGGCAGCAUAUACGUGGAUACACACAGAAACACUCAUGCAGAAAUAGUUGUCUUUGUUUAUAUUCGGCAAAAAUGUAAAUUUCAUAUUAUUAUAUAAAACUGUAAUAAUUGUGUAAUCAAUACGUUUUCUUUGCCUUAUAUAGUGAAUUGUAUAGUUACUGUAUCAGCACACACUUCAUAAUUGCGUUAAUUUACGUAAGUCUCUGUAAUUUACGCCUUGACAAUCACGAAUGUGUAAAACUGUUCCGCAUAUACAACCGCCCAUAUACACACAUCACAUACAGAGAAAGAAAGAAUUAGAGAGAACGAGCGAAUGAAUGAUGAGUGAGAGAGUGAGAAAGAGUUAGGGAAAAGUCAAAGAAAAUAUUCCAACAAUUUUUUUAAAGUUUAUUAAUAAUACUCAAUAUGAUAUGUAUCGUCUCGACGAAAAACAAAAAACAAAAAAAAAAAAAAAAAAAAUUAAUUUCGCUCAAUUUAUAUAAACUGUUUUCAUAAAUAAAAAAAAAAGAUUUAGUUUUAGUAUAAUUUACGUAGUUUAUAUAUAACAGGAGGUGUACACGUAUAUGCAAAAAAAAAAAAA